UGUGCGAUCAUAACAAAUUAGAGUAUGGAAAAAAUUAAAGAUAUUAUUCCUGAUUAUCAUGAUGGGGAAUUUAUGUGCCCUAAAAUGGGGGCAAAGCUGGCCUCUCUCUUUGGUCUGGACCGAGCAGAGAGUCAGGGAAAUGAGUCCUUUCAAUUCACUGCCCCUAAACAGCCAAAAAAGACCUGCGCCAUAUUAGGUCCUCCUCAGAAGCCCGCUCAUCCUCCAUGUGCUCCAGCUGUGCAGUUUGCUACAGCUGUUCAUGCAUUCUGCUUUGUGAAUGGACAGUAUGUGAAGCAAGGAAAGAUAGGAGCUGCUGUUUUAGGGAACCAUGUCACCAAAGAGUACAAGAUUCUGUUGUAUGGCAGUAAGCAAAAGCAGAUCACUACGGCUAGAAUCUAUCGUGGAUUUGUCCUCACAGUUCAGCCCUGUAACUAUGUCACUUUCUAUGAUGACCAACAACAGAGCUGGUCUUUAAUGUUUGACUCAGAAAAGUCCAGACCUGAGUUCUGUAAGGAGGUGUGUGUGGCCAGGUGGAACAGUGAGGCUUCAUCAGACUCUCUGGUCAGCCAGGACCUUGCCCAAGGUGAAGGUCAAGCUGUUGAUGUUGGGGACUCAGUUGAGGUGGCCUAUUCUGGAUGGCUUUUACAGAACCAUUCUCUAGGACAGAUAUUUGUUUCUAAUCUGGGAAAAGAAAAGCUGCAGCGAGUAAAGCUUGGAGCAGGCAAAGCUCUGAGGGGAUGGGAGGAUGGGAUGCUUGGUAUGCAGAAAGGAGGUCGACGGCUCCUUAUCGUCCCUCCUAGUAUGGUUUCAAAGGGCGUCCCUAACCAUGUGCCAGAAAACAGCACUCUGGUCUAUGAUGUAGAGAUUCAUAGAGUUAAAAUCUCCAAAGUGCGACAUGGUGGGGGAUCAGUUGACACCUUCAGUACAUCUCCAGGAACCUGUCCAGACACUCUGAGUGAAGAAAACACCAGGCAAAUGGUCACAACCGAUACAGAGGAGUCAAAAGAACAAGCUCCUAAGGGGAAGGUGCAAUCUGUUAUUGAAUACCUGACAACAUCGGGUGCAUCUAAGGCCAAGCUGAUCUCACAUAUAGCCAAGAUGGGUCAACCCAUGCUUCCAUUUCUCACUGGAGCCAUUCCAACUCAGCCCGACCCCAGUGACUCAGAAACCGAGGAUGCCAGUGAGUCUGGACGUAUCUGUGAUCUCUCUCCUUCACAUACACCCUCCCCAAAACCUGCACAAAUGCCCUGCAGUCCUCCAUCUUUGUUGUGUCAGCCUGAUGAUGUUCAGAAACAGGACGCAGUGCCACCUCACGCAGACUUGAACACUACUCAAGGCUUUCAGCCGUAUUCCUUUGGACAAAAUCCAUAUUUUCCAUCACAGCUAAAUUCAUUUCCCUCAAUCUACCCAUCCCACAUUCCAUACAAAACUCCUGAUAUUACAUCGUUCUUGAUGUCUGAGGCUCGUCAGCAUAACACAGAAAUCCUGCUGGCUAUAGAAAAGGUGGCGCACAGGAUGGACCAACUCACCUACAAGGUCGACGAGUUGCAAAAAGAUGGUCACUCUUUUGGACUCUCCUCUGUCUCCUUAGAAACAAACAUGAUCCUACACAACAUUCAGAGAAUCAUUCAGGAGAGCAUGUGUCUGAAGAAGGAGGUUCUGGAGAAAAGUUCUCAGGUGGAGGAACAGAACCCCAAAAUAGGGGUGCUGCGUGGAGAGAAUAAGAGGUCUAUGGAGCAGACUUGCCGCCUUCAGGCUGAACAGGAAAAGGUUUCCUCCACCACACAAGCAUAUCAGCUGCAGCAGGAGAUGGUGAAUCUCCAGCGGAGGGUGACAGAAAUCCAGGCUGAUCUCAGUGCAGCCCUGGAGGACAAGCACAAGCACUGUGCUCAGAUCAGCCUUCUGGAGGAACAAGUGAAAGAGCUUGUGAAGCAAGAAGAACAGUCUGAGCAGCGGUGGAGAGCAGAGAAGCAGAAGUGCAAAGAGAUGGAAACAAUUAUACAAAACAUGGAUGAUGAGAUGCAAGAUCUGAGGGCUGAAAAGGAGAAUCUGCAUCCGUAUGUGGAUUUAAAGAAGACAUCACAAAAUAAGAAAAAGCCAUUUGAGGCCCAGUUGGUGGUUCAGGUUAAGCGAGUGAUGAAUGGAGUGUUUCAGUCCCUCAGGACAGGGUUUGAUCCGCAGGAGUCUUACACUGGACACACAGUGUGCGAGAUUCUCCAAAACACCAUCAAGAGUAUCACCAUGAAACUUUGGGAGAUUGAAUCAGGCGUAGAUAAAGUGGAAGAAGAGUACCUACUAAGAUCUACUGAAGAAAUGUUUUCAGAUGGAAAACAUGCAGAAGGAAAACCAUGAAAUGAAGGAAAAAAGGCCAACAUUAAAAAGGAUGGUAUUUUUGUUGAUCAGGAAACCUGCAGAUACUGUACAUGUGGAUAAAGCACCGUUGAACCACAACCAUUGCUGACCCUGAAAGGAGAAUUUAUAUUGACCAAUCACAGUUGAAGAGGCUAAAUAAUGUCCAAUAAAU